AUGGAGUAUAAUCGUAUCUUUCCCUGUCCGAAUUCACCGCGCCGUGAGCUUCCACAAGCGCGUCAUCCCCAUCCCAUCUGCACACCCCAUAUAAAGAAACCAUCUUUUAUACCAAUCCCUAGUCUCACACGGUUCCACCCACCGCCUCCCCAAUCAUCCCCUCCGAUUUCCUCCAGUUCCCAAUCUGUAGCUGCUGCUGCUGCUGCUCCUUCUGUGGGAUUCGUGGAUCGGCCCCCUCUUUUCCAUUUCAGGCAAUUAGACUCGCAGAGAUGGACACUACUGCUGGCUAAUAGUAAAACGAUUAUAUGGCCAAAGAUAUUAGGGCAAUGUGCAAGGGAGGAAACGAUUUCUACUUCAUCAAUAAGGAGACAAGUGCGGAUUCAAUCAGGCAAAACAAUUCCAAAAAUUCUCAUCGGAUGGCAUUUGAUACAGCAAGAAUAACUAAAACAGAGACAUCAAA